AAAAUAUAAAUAUUUAUUCAUGCAGACGUUAGCAAUAUAAAUACAAAAUAAAGACGGGCACCUCCACGUUUCAUAUUUUCGUAGCCUACGCCAUGUAGCUACACUUUCAAAAAUGUAAUAGAAAGGGGGGGAAGCCUGAUUUGUGACCUGACUCUGGAAGACUGUAGCCAAGUGCAGACUGUAGCGUGACAAGCAUACAGUGGUCUUUAGCCUGUGCACGUGCGUUACUAAACACACAAUUAGUCAGAAUUAAAUUCAGCUGUGCGCGAGGCCGCUCUACAUGCGGUCCCACGAGCUGCUAAUUGAACAUAUACGUCCUCUUUUCCCCACAAUGCUAAUAGAAUAUUUUAAGUCAUGUGUGGGUUCCGUAAUAAAAAUAAUAUUUAGCUAGACACCAUGACUGGACCCAUGUCUACUUAAAUAAAAUAAAUGCACACUCAUACCUAUAGAAAGCGAAGGCUAAUCUCGAUGGUUGUCAUAUGAGGACGACAUAACUUUUACUAGUCAGGCUAGUGCGUCACUCCAGACUUAUGGCUGACACCAUGUCAGAAGAAGAAACGCCAUCGACGGAGGUUGUUUUCACUCAGCUACAACAAGGACAUAUUUAUAGCGACACAGGCUCCUCUGGUCCCGAUGAUAUUUUUGAUGAGGACUCUUACUCUCCGUCCUCCCUCUCCUCGUCCUCUUCGUCUGCGGUCCCCACCGAGGUCUGUGUGCAGGGGAAACCGGUGUGCACCUCCUGCGGCCUGGAGAUAGUGGACAGAUACCUCCUGAAGGUCAAUAAUCUGUGCUGGCACGUGCGCUGCCUCUCAUGCAGUGUGUGUAAGACUUCACUGGGCCGACACGUGAGCUGUUACAUCAGAGACAAAGAGGUUUUCUGCAAACUCGACUACUUCAGGCGGUAUGGGACUCGCUGUGCCCGUUGUGGGCGUAACAUCCAUUCUAGUGACUGGGUGCGUCGGGCGAGAGGUAGCACCUUCCACCUGGCUUGUUUCUCCUGCACCUCGUGUAAACGCCAGCUUUCUACAGGGGAAGAAUGCGGACUUCUGGAGAAUCGAAUCUUCUGCCGGCCACACUAUGAUAUUAUGAUGGAGAAUCUCAAACGAGCCAAGGAAAACAAACAACCAAAAAAUGAAGAGAUGGCAGACAAAGAUGACCUUAGCAUUUUGCCCAAGCCAGCUAAGAGGGCCAGGACCAGCUUCACUGUGGACCAGUUACAGGUGAUGCAGACCCAGUUUGCUAAAGAUAACAACCCAGAUGCACAGACGCUGCAGAAGCUGGCAGAGAGAACUGGACUCAGCCGCAGGGUUAUUCAGGUUUGGUUUCAGAACUGCCGAGCUCGUCAAAAGAAGCACAUUAACCCAAAUCCUGCCCAGUCAACAAUGAUGACAUCACUUGCUCCUGGUCAGCUGUCUCCACCGUUGAUGGAUGAUCUCCAGUAUACCACCUAUAUUUCUCCAGAUGCACCUCUCCUCACCACACUGACCUAUAUGGAUGUCCAAACUCCAGACCCACUUCUGCUGCAGCCACACAUGUCCCAUUCACUGACACAACUGCCAGUCAGCCAUGCCUAAGCUUCAACCUGCUGCCUGAAAAAUAAAGCCACUGGUUCCUUCAUGGUUGGAUGAUGAGCAAAUAAUAGAGAGUGAGAGGAGUUGGUUUAAAAUGAAUUCGUAAGGACUGGAUGGGUUAAAUUCAUUGUCCAGCAUAUGAAGAGUACUGAAUUUACACUGCUGCCUAAUGUAAGCAGACACUUCAUCAGCUCAAGUUACUGCAUUAAUUUCAUGAAAUGAAAUGGAUGAGAAUUAAUGUGAAAACUGAUGUUUGUAAGAUGAGACUUUUGUUAAUGUGUUAAAUUUAAUUUAUUUGAAGGAUUUGAUGAGAUAAAGCACUUUGUUUGAAAAUGAUGUAAAAUUGCUUGUUUGCUUUUUUUUUUUUUUUUUUUUUUUUUGCUUAAUUUUUUAGUUAAGGUUAAAGAACUGGGGAUGGGAUUUAAAAUGCUUUUUGCCCUGUCUUAUGACUACUAGAAAAGUCAGGAUUGAGUUACACUACU